CCUAACAGCAGUGGUCAAGUAGUAGGGAAUUUUACACCGGUUUUGGCACCCUCUCCCCAUCACAGUGCGGUGCGACCUGUGACCCUGACCAUGACAGAUACUAAACCCAUCACUACAUCCACUGAAGCCUACACAGCCUCAGGCACAUCCCAAGCCAAUCGAUAUGUGGGACUAAGCCCAAGAGACCCAUCCUUCCUACACCAGCAACAGCUGAGAAUUUGUGACUGGACCAUGAAUCAAAACGGCAGGCAUUUAUACCCCAGUGCCAGUGAGGAUACAUUGGGAAUUACUUGGCAAAGUCCUGGUACCUGGGCUAGCUUGGUUCCUUUUCAAGUAUCGAAUCGGACGCCGAUCCUGCCAACAAAUGUCCCAAAUUAUGGUUUGAACAUAAUUGGAGAGCCUUUCCUUCAAGCAGAAACUAGCAACUGA